AUGAAAACAACCGAUCAAGUUACAGAAACGAGUGAAUUGGGAACUUCAACAGCUUUCACUUCAAAAGGCUUGUCGGCAACUACGUCUGCAAGUACAAAAACUACACCAGUAAUAACAACGAUGACAACCACCACCAAAAGCUCCUCUUCGAUCGGCUUGAUAAUUGUUGUGAUUGGCGUUAUUUUGAUCAUUGUCAUUGGAGUUUCUGUCUACUUCUUUGUCAUAAGGAAGAAGCCUGACAAGAAGGGAAAAGAUGUUGAGGGAGGUGAUGAGACAAAAGGAGAUGCUGAAGAAGAGGGUGAUAAGAAGGAAGAAGAUGGUAAAGAGAAGAAGGAGGAUGAGGGUGAUAAGUCUAAAGACGAAGAGGAAGAUGGUGAUAAAUCAAAAGAAGAUGAUGAGGAAGAUGAUAAGAAGGAAGUAAAGGAUUCGGAGUCAAAAACGGAAGGCGAAACCAAAGAAGUCGAAAGUCUGUCGCCAGAAGAAAAGAGGAUUGAGGAUGAGAUAUACUAA